AUGACCGAUUUAGAAGAGGAGGUGCUUAUUCAGUAUAUAAUUGAUAUGGAUGAGAGAGGGUUUGCACCUAAAUUAAGUAGUGUAGAAGAUAUGGCGAAUUAUAUUCUUGAAUCGCGGAGGGCGAAGAAGGUUGGAAAGCUCUGGGCUUAUCGAUUCGUAAAGUGUUAUACGAAAUUAAAGACGCGUUUUAGUCGUGUUUAUGACUUUCAAAGAGCUCUUUGCGAAGAUCCCAAGCUUAUUGAAGAGUGGUUUCGAUUAAUAUCGAAUAUGCGGGUGAAAUAUGGUAUUGUCGAUUCCGAUUUCUACAACUUCGAUGAAACCGGCUUCAUGAUGGGUAUAAUAUGCCCUGGAAUGGUUGCAACUAAUGCUGAACGAAAUGGCAGAAGCAAGGCAAUACAACCAGGCAAUCGAGAGUGGGCUACGGCAAUUAUAUGUGGCAAUGGAGAGGGUGAAACUAUACCUCCAUUUUUGGUAGUUCAAGGACAAGUUCAUCUUUCCAAUUGGUAUACUGAAACCGAUUUUCCUGCGGAUUGGGCUAUUAAACCUACUUCCAAUAGAUGGACGAAUAAUGAGACAGGCCUAGAAUGGUUAAAGCAUUUCGAUAAACAUACUAUUCGUCAAAAGAAGAGCAAAUAUCGAAUGCUAGUAUUGGAUAGGCAUGAAAGCCACGAAUCAAUACCUUUUCAAUCAUAUUGCAAAUCAAAUGAUAUUAUAUGCCUCAAAUUACCACUACAUUCAAGUCAUUUAACUCAACCACUUGAUGUUGGAUGUUUUGGUGUACUUAAACGUUCAUAUAGUUCUCAAAUUGAGGAGUUUAUCAAGGCAUAUAUCAAUCAUAUCACUAAAGUUGAAUUCUUUAUAGCUUUCAAAACUGCAUAUCAACAAUCAAUCAACUCUCAAAAUAUGAAAGCUGGCUUUCGAGGAACAGGUCUAAUACCAUUUGACCCUCAAGCUAUACUCUCAAAAUUAGAUAUUCGAAUUCAUACGCCUACUCCCCCCCCUUUCGAUUUAAACCUUUGGAUCUCUCAAACCCCUCACAAUCCAACUGAAGCUCUUUCUCAAUCAACUUUAGUGAAAUCUCGAAUGGCUCGUCAUCAAUCAAGCUCCCCUACACCUAUAUUCGAAACUGUACUAGCUUUAGCUAAAGGUACAGAGAGAUUAGCACAUGAGAAUACACUUUUAAAUGCAGAAAACCAUACACUUCGAAAGGCAAAUGAGGCAUUAAGCAAACGUCGACGCAUGAAAAAGACUCAAUUACGUCAAGGAGGAGUACUUACUGGACAAGAAGCUGCAGAUAUAUUAUCUCAACAAGAGGUUGAUAUUCAGAUUCAAUGCGACGAGCGUCAAAAUGGGGGAAAUUCUAAUAGGGAAUCAUCUACUAGUCGAUGCUGUAGUAAGUGUGGAAAGACUGGUCAUAAUUUAAGAACUUGUCAAAAUAGUAUAAUAGAUCCUAGAUUAUUAGAUUCUUAA